UAACUGAAUAUCGAAUUUGUGAUCACGAAGCUUGCUCUGGCAUUUCAAUCUUCGAGAAGGAAGAAAUUGGCAAGCCAACUGAUUCAAAUCGAACAAGAAUUUUGCAGUUGGCAUACAUUCAGCGUUAUCCGCAUUGAAGUAAUCGUCAAAACCCACCGUUUCCGUCCUUUUUCAUUGUUCAAUCUCCGCGAAGAACAGAGCAGAGCGGAAAUAACCACAAUCUGUCUUCUGGACGAUCGGAAAUAUCCAAUCUCACUCCCAACUUGCGAAGGCGAUCGUUCUUCCUCUCUCACAUUCCAUCUGUAUCGAAUUCUGAUUCUGAGAUGUGCUCCCAAUUCCGUUCGUGGGUAUCGAUCCCUCGCCACUAGCUACACUUAAUUUCAGAUUUAUUACCUUCGAUUGCGAUGAAUUCCUUUGAUUCUGAACUUGGUAGAGCUUCUGCCGUGAUUCUCGAUCUCGAUGGAACCCUUUUGGACACUGAGAGGGCGACAAAAGACGUGUUGAAGGAUUUCUUGGCAAAAUAUGGAAAGGAUUUGGAUAAAAAGAGGGAAGAGGAGAAGAGAUUGGGAAUGACUCAGAAAGAAUCAGCGGCUGCAAUCGUUCGGGAUUAUGGCCUUCCAUUGACGCCAGACCAAUUUAUUCAAGAAAUUACUCCCAUGUACAGGGAAAAAUGGCCCUCUGUCAAAGCACUUCCUGGUGCUGAUCGUCUUAUCAAACAUCUUUACUCUCACAAGGUGCCAUUUGCGCUCGCAUCAAAUUCAUCAAAUGAGUAUAUCUACGCAAAAAUUGCUAGUCUAAACGGUUGGAAGGAUUGGUUCUCUGUGAUUCUUGGUAGUGACCAGGUUAUUCAAGGGAAACCUGCUCCUUAUCUAUUUGAAGAGGCAGCGAAGAGGAUGGGCGUAGAUGCUUCUCAUUGUUUGGUCAUUGAAGAUUCCUUGGUUGGUGUCAAAGCAGCCAAGGCUGCCAAGAUGAAGGUUGUAGCUGUCCCAUCCCAUGGAGAAGUUGAAUGCUCUUCCCUAGCAGAUAAAGUGCUUCAUUCUUUACUAGAAUUUCAGCCUGAGCUGUGGGGUCUUCCCCCAUUUGAAGACUGGGUAGAUAGGAGCUUACCUAUUGAUCCAAUACAUCUGAGCUCUCAAUAUGUUAAUGGGUCCAUAAGUGAAAUCUCAGAGGAUCCAUCAUUGCCCGACCAAGUUUUUGGAACGUUCAUCGGUUGGGCUGGCACUGGUACGGCUUGGACCAUCAAGGUUGUGGUUAACAUCGGAUGGAAUUGCAGUUCCUGUACUAAACAGAAAAGGAUUUGGAAACUAUGGCCAGUGGACGGAUGCGAUAGCAAAGUAUUUGAGCAGCAAAUGCAACUCAUGCUUGUUGGCUACAUCUGCAGAUUGAAUUGCAAGGAUCUUGCAACCAUGGAUGCGAGAGAGAUUGAAGAGUUCAAGUAUAUAGCGAACACUUUGCUCGACCAACCCAUGUUUGUCAACGGUUCUUGCACAUCUCUUACUGCAGAAGCAACUUCUGGCAUGGAUGAAUAAUAGCGUGUAGUGUACCAGAUUUCACUCUUGUUCAUGGAGGAAACACUGUUAGUCUGCAAUGAUGUGUCGCCACUGGCCCCAAAAAUUGGCUAUUGUUAGUAUUCACUUCUCUCCCUUUGUUUCCUUUGCAAGUAGACUGUUCAAAUAUUAGAAUAACAAGCUUUCUUUUGUUUUAGAGAAAUACUCUUAUAAGAAGCAUAGAAAGAGAACGAAAAAAAUUAGAAUAAGAAGCUUUCUUGGAUAAACUUGUUAGAAUUAUCAA